AUGUCUAUAAGGUUUAUUAAUGCUUGGUUACUCCAUCCCAAGUUCAAAGUUGAAGUGAAGAAGUCCUCGGAGGAAGUUUUUGAUCCAGGCUGGGCUGGUUUCAGUCUAAAGAGGAAGUUAGCUAAUCUGAGGGCCAAUCUCAAAAGACGGAAUUUUGAGGUUUUUGGAAAUGUGGAUGUUCAAUUAAACAAGGUAGAGGAGGAGUAUCAUGAACUUGAUUUGGUAGCCGAGUCAAGGAAUCUAUCUAAAUCUGAAAUGAUCAGAAGGAGGGAAGUAAGAAGUAUUGUGUGGAAUUUGAAUAGGAGAAAAGAGAGCUUAUGGUACCAACAGUCUAAAAUGGUGUGGGCUAAGUGUGGUGAUAAGAAUACAAGAUUUUUCCAUAUGAUGGCAAGUUCUAGGAAAAGGAAAAAUAUAUUGGACUCAGUUGUGGAGGAGAGGGUGAGGUUGGUGAAACCAGAUGGAGUUAAACACUUUGCAAGAAGAUUUCUUGAGGAGUGGUGUUCAAGGCCUAAACUUUCUAGUAUAUUUUCAUCUAUUGAUUCUAUACGGAAUGAUAAUCUAGCAGCAGCAUUCACAGAGCAAGAGAUUUGA